CUUACGUGCUUUUAAAUGAAUGGAAUACGUGAUUCACGAAGAGUACGUUAAAUGGAUCAGGACAAAAAUGAAUGUUAGAUAUUUAUCAAGCGUCGCAGAAACCGGGGACUCCCGUUAAAAAACAUACAGGCAUACGGGUACACACGAUAUGAGAUGAUGCACGUUCAAAGUGUUUAUCUUCCGUCAUAAGUGUAGCACUAUAUAUAAAACUUGAAGUUGCUGGCUAAAGAGCAGUAAGAAUCGCAACGUCGAGAAGGCAGCGUCUGUUUGAAGAAAACUAUUUUCCCCAAGUAUAUACGUUGAUAAAGAAUUAAAAAAUUUAAUUAAAUAAUCAUGAAGCUGUUACCGGCCAUUUUUUGCAUUUUGUUUGCCUUCUGCAUUUUGCAGACGGCACAUGGUGCGAAUAAUUUGAAUACCUUUCGUUUCGCUAUACAAAGACUGAAGAACACUGUAAAAAGUACAGUUAAUAGUUUGACACGUUUCAAAAGUAACUCGAAGUAUGACCUCAACCGAAAAUUGUCCAACUUGAAACUGGAUGCAAUGGGAAAUGUGAAUUCGAUUUCGAAUCCUGCAUUACAACAAAUUCGUAAUGACGUCGAUUCUGCCAAAGCUGAGGGAAAGGAUGCUGAACAUUGUUACGAAUCAGGAAGACUGCAGCUUCGCGAUGCCAGCAUGACAGCUUUCGACGAUUUGGACAAAUGUGGGAAAACUGGACUGGAGUCCAUUGCUCCAGCACUGAGUAACGUAGACACAACAAUUGCGUUUGGCAACAAAGUGGAGCUUGAUUUGGACACAAUUUUCCCCAGUUGUUACAAUAAUAACAUAUUUAUCAUGGAAUCUUGUAUUGCUGGUAAAAUGCCAGGUGCUAAUGCAUCUGUGCAGAGUCUGGAGAACCAGGCGACUUCGGUCCAGGACUCAGUCACAACCGCAUCUAGUAGAGCUGUCAACAGUGCAUAUUCGUGCAAUCAGAUGCCAUUGACAAACGUCCGUCAAGCUGCAACGAAUGCACGACUGACAGCAAGAAGUUGCAUAAAAAAUGCUUAAAUAAUUAAAUUUUAAGUUGCGUCUUUGUUUUUGAGAAACUACGUCAAUUUUAAUGUUUCACUAUUGUAAAAUCUAAUAUAGACUUACUUUCAAAAUUUAUUCAAAAUGUAAAAUUGAGACUAAAUCAAAAUCUUGCAGAAUAUACGGAGUAGAUACAAAAUGAACAGAAAUUGUAAAGUAUCGAAAAUAAAUUAUGCAAAAAUUGUAAUAUUAAUAAAUUAGGUGUUUGGAACAUUAAAA